AUGGAAUCAAAUAAUCAAUAUAACCCACUCAAUGAUACAGUUAAUACAGUUAUAAGUGGAUUACUUCCAGGAUUGAUUGUUGGUUUAUUUAAUGGAUUUGAAAGCGCAAAAAGAAGGGGUUUUUCUUCACCAAUAAAUGUAUUUGAUGAUAUUAUCAUAUUUUACUCAAUCAUCAUAUAUCCUUUGGUUUCUGGACUUCAAUGUAUAUCUUUUAGUCGUUUAGUUGCACAUUUUGGCGAGGCUCCUGAAAAUAUUAAUACUGUAAUUUCUUAUUAUCUGAAUUAUCAUGAAGGUCUUAAAAUAGAUCCUACAAAAGUUCAAAGAAAUGAAAUAUUUGAUGAUGUACUCAAAAAUUUAAAGAAAGUAAAAGAUUUAUUAUAG